AUAUAAUUUUCGAUGACUUGGUUGUCUAGAAAACGGCGCGAAUACGUGAACAUUUCGCUUGAUUAUUAAUUAAAAUUGACUAUAAGUAUGUCGGAAAACAAUGGUACGGUUGUGCGUAUGCCAUGGGUGGAAAAAUAUCGGCCCAACUGUUUAGAUGACUUAAUAUCACACGAGGAAAUAAUAUCUACAAUCAAUCGCUUCAUUAAUCAGAAGCAACUGCCGCACUUGCUGUUCUAUGGCCCACCAGGCACAGGUAAAACGAGCACAAUUUUGGCCUGUGCCCGUCAGCUAUAUUCACCGUCACAUUUUAAGUCCAUGGUACUGGAACUGAAUGCGUCUGAUGAUCGUGGCAUUGGAAUCGUUCGUGGUCAGAUUCUCAACUUUGCCUCAACCCGCACCAUUUUCUGUGGCACUUUUAAACUGAUCAUACUGGACGAGGCGGAUGCUAUGACGAAUGAUGCACAGAACGCCUUGCGUCGAAUUAUUGAAAAGUACACCGAAAAUGUGCGCUUCUGCAUUAUUUGCAAUUAUCUAAGCAAAAUUAUACCUGCUCUUCAAUCGCGUUGCACACGUUUUCGCUUUGCCCCACUUUCACCAGAACAGAUGAUGCCGCGGCUCAAUAAAGUUGUGGAUGAGGAGAAUGUCAACAUUACCGAUGAUGGCAAAAAGGCAUUGUUGACCCUCGCUAAAGGUGAUAUGCGAAAGGUUUUAAAUGUGCUGCAGAGCACUUCGAUGGCCUUUGACGUAGUCAACGAGGAUAAUGUUUAUACAUGUGUGGGAUAUCCGCUAAGAAGUGAAAUUGAACAUGUUCUGCAAACAUUGCUUUCAGCAGCAACAUUCGACGCGGCAUUCGAUACAAUUGAAGAAGCAAAGAGUAAGCGCGGACUUGCUUUAGAAGAUAUUGUUACAGAACUGCAUUUGUUUAUUAUGAGACUGGAAUUGCCCAUGUCGGUGAUGAAUAAAUUAAUAAUUAAGAUGGCACAAGUUGAGGAAAGAUUAUCCAAAGGCUGUUCGGAAACUGCCCAAACUGCAGCGCUGGUAUCUGCGUUCUUUAUAAGUCGUGACAUGGUGUCGCUAGAAAGUUAGAGUUUCUAAUUGAAUCGUUUAUAAGAGAAUAAUUAAAAUUAAGCAACCAUUAAUUAAAUACGAAUGCAUUUUUGAAAAUA